AUGUUAAAUAAAAUAUCUAGUUCUUCUAUGAACCUCAAACAAUUUUUAGUCCGACAGCAAGUAAUAACACUUUACAGGAAUAUUUUAAGGACUAUCAGAAAAAUACCCGGAAAAGAAGACCAAAAUUAUUUUCUUGACUGGGCCAGAUCCGAGUUCAAAGCUAAUAAAAGUAUAACUGAUGAGUUUGCAAUAAAGUCUCUGAUAGUCCACGGAGAAAAUUCGAUGAAGGAGCUGGAGAAAAAUUUAAACUACUCAAACGACAAUCAAAUUAAUUAUGAAAACAACACUUCCAGAGCACGUAAUAAUCAAAGCGAUUGA